AUGCUGCUAGGAUCUGCCGAGCGUACCGGGAUCGACGCCAACGUCGCCAAACCGCAGGUUGCCUUCCGGGAAUCGGUCGCAGGUGCGGUCGAGCAUCACGUGCAGUUCGAGCGGGAGAUCGGCGGGCGGCCGCACCACGCGGGGGUGGGUCUGCGCGUCGCACCGCGCAACCAGGGCGGCGAGUGCACCUACGAUCCCGGCACGAUCCCGGCGGCCGCGGGCCUUCCCGAGGAGCUGUGUGCGGCGAUCGCACGCGGCAUCGAAGCAGCCUUCUCCUCCGGCCCCGGAUUCGGAUACCCGAUGGUCGACGUGUCGGUCGAGCUGAUCCACUGCGACUACGAUCAGGAGCGCGCCAGCCAGUUCGCGUUCGAAGCCGCCGCUGCAACCGGGUUCGUCACCUGCUGCCGCAAGGCUGCGCCGAUCCUGCUGGAGCCGGUGAUGAGCGUGGACGUCACCACUCCCCAGGAGUUCGUCGGCGAGGUGCUCGGCAGCUUGCAGAUGCGGGGCGGUGCCAUAGAGACGGUGGAGUCGGGCCACGCCGCCGAACGCGUCAGCGCCAAGGUGCCGCUCGGGGCGAUGUUCGGGUACACCACAGAUCUGCGCAGCGCCACCCAGGGCCGCGCCGCGUACACGAUGGCGUUCGCCCACUACGCACCGUCGUGCAAGAGCUGA